AUGAACGACAUCUACAAGGCAGCGGUGGAACAGCUGACAGAUGAGCAGAAAAAUGAGUUCAAGGCCGCCUUUGACAUCUUCGUGCAGGAUGCGGAGGACGGCUGCAUCAGCACCAAGGAGCUGGGGAAGGUGAUGAGGAUGCUCGGCCAGAACCCCACACCGGAGGAGCUGCAGGAGAUGAUUGACGAGGUGGAUGAAGACGGAAGCGGCACGGUGGACUUUGACGAGUUCCUGGUCAUGAUGGUGAGGUGCAUGAAGGACGACAGCAAAGGGAAAUCAGAGGAAGAACUGGCAGAGCUUUUUCGCAUGUUUGACAAGAACGCAGAUGGUUACAUCGACCUGGACGAGCUGAAGAUGAUGCUGGAGUCCACAGGAGAGGCGAUCACAGAGGACGACAUCGAGGAGCUGAUGAAGGACGGGGACAAGAACAACGAUGGCAAAAUCGACUAUGACGAGUUCUUGGAGUUCAUGAAGGGAGUGGAGUAA